CCCACUAUUUCAACACUGGGAUUGAGCAGAAGCCAACUGAGAUGUUCAUAUCAUAUUAACAUUGACUAUUUCCCUCCCCUGCCGGCACACAAAUACAAAUUACUAAUCAUUUUGUGUCUUUUUCUAUUAGUCCAUGAGUUCUUGUUAGUAUUCAUAGUCCAUCAUCACUUCCCAUAAACGCGAUCUUCGUGGUGAAUUCAGCCACUUUGUAGUGAGUUAUAACCAGCAUUAUUCUUGAGAAUCAGCUGAUCAUGAGCGUGAUGAGGCUUCGAGUUCAGUUGAUGUUGAUCUUGAAGAUAAUCUUUCUUCUGCUGUCGAUGGCUGAUGGAGAAACGACGGAAGCUAGGGACGCAUUGGUGCAGUUCAUCGAGAAGCUUGCUCCUCAGAGAGGCGAAAACUGGGGAUGGAAUAGGAGUUCAGACCCGUGCAAAAGUGGAUGGAAAGGGGUGACCUGUUACAGCGAUUUAGCAACCAUAAAAAAAAUAGUGCUCGACGAACUCAAUCUCACAGGGAUGCUGGACGCUGCAUCUCUUUGCUCAACAAAGGCUCUUAUGGUACUCAGCCUCAACUCCAACAACGUCGUUGGGACGUUGCCUGACGAGAUAUCCAAAUGCCGCCACCUCACGCAUGUUUAUCUGCACGGGAACAAGUUCUCAGGCAGUCUCCCUGGAUCUCUGUCGAGGUUGAGCAAUUUGAAAAGGGUUGAUGUAUCAGAUAACGGCUUCUCUGGGGGUAUUCCGGACAUGUCAAGAAUCUCUGGUUUGCUGACUUUUCUUGCUGAUAACAAUCAGCUGAGUGGGGAGAUACCAAAGUUUGAUUUCUCCAAUCUUGAGGAAUUUAAUGUCUCCAACAACAAUCUCAGCGGCCCGGUUCCUGAUCUUGGGGGCCGGUUCAAUGGGACGAGCUUUUUGGGCAAUCCUGGAUUGUGUGGGAAGCCAUUGCCAAAUGCUUGCCCUCCUUCCCCUCCAGCUCGAAAGAAAGGUUCCUCUAAGAAAGACUACUUUAUGUAUUCAGGAUAUGCUUUGAUUGGCAUAAUCAUUGUGAGUCUAGUUGCAUUCAAACUGAUCAAGAAAGGGAAAACUAACUCAAAGAAAAACGUUGCUAAAAAGGGCUCUCAAGUGACAGGCGACAAGGAAAGUAGCACGUCUAGUGAGUCGAAAGCUGUUGGAGGAAACAGGUCAGAGUUUUCCAUAACAUCGGCUGAAAGUGGAAGGGGUUCGUCAUCACUUGUGGUCCUGUCUAGUCCGAUGGUCAACGAGCUGAAAUUCGAGGAUCUUCUGAGGUCUCCGGCUGAAUUGCUCGGGAGAGGCAGAAAUGGAAGCCUCUACAAGGUGACACUAAAUGAGGGAGUGACUCUGGCAGUGAAGAGAAUAAGGGACUGGUAUAUUUCAAGGGAUGAUUUCAAGAAGAGGAUGCAGAGGAUAGACCAAGUCAAGCAUCCAAACGUGUUGCCUGUCGUUGCAUUUUAUUGCUCCAGCCAAGAAAAACUCCUGGUUUACGAAUUUCAAGAGAAUGGUAGCCUCUUUAGGCUUCUCCAUGAAUCCAAAAACAGGCAAUCAUUUGACUGGGGAAGCAGAUUAGCCUUGGCAUCCAAGAUCUCCGCGGCAUUAGCCUACAUGCAUGAAGGGCUUCAAGCCGAUGGAAUAGCACAUGGAAACCUGAAGUCGUCCAACAUUUUACUCAGCAAUGAAAUGGAGCCGCUUAUAAGUGAAUACGGCCUAGCAGAUGCCGACAACCAAGAUCAGUCAUUUCUUGCUCAGUUAGACAGCUUCCAAGAAAACAACUCCCCUCCUGGAGGCAUCAUCUCCUCAAACAAUGCAUUCAAGACAGACACAUACAGCUUCGGCAUCAUCCUUCUUGAGCUGCUAACCGGCAAUGUAGUCCAAAACAACGGAUUCGAUCUAGCUAGAUGGGUGAAUUCCGCGAUCAGAGAAGAAUGGACAGUUGAAGUGUUCGAUAAGGCGCUCGUUUCAGAAGGUGCAAGUGAGGAAAGCAUGGUGAGUUUGCUGCAGGUGGCUUUGAAAUGCAUUGAUAUCUCGUCAGCAGCAAGGCCUAACAUGAGGGAGGUUGCUGGGAUCAUAAACACUAUAAGGGAACAUGAAGAGAAAUCCAUCAGUUCUGACCCCUGAUCAAUCUUAAUUAGCCAAAACCAUCUCACAGACAGUCAUGAACCUCAAGUUUUAGACUCAUAUUUGGUUUUGUUUCAAGAAAUAUAUAUUCUUUUCUUGGAUGUUCUUAUUUCAUGUUUUAUAUCACAAUUAACACAUGUGUAAUGCAGUAAUUUAUCACUAUGUUU